AUGGCGGCGGGGGCGGCCGAGGCGGCGGCCGUGGCGGACGUGGGCUCGGCCCGGCAGUUCGAGGAGCUGCUGCGCCUCCGGGCCAAAUCCCUCCUCGUGGUCCAUUUCUGGGCGCCAUGGGCCCCGCAGUGCGCGCAGAUGAACGACGUGAUGGCAGAGCUCGUCAGAGAACACCCCCAGGUCUCGUUCGUGAAGUUGGAAGCCGAAGCCGUCCCUGAGGUGUCUGAAAAAUAUGAGAUCAGUUCUGUCCCCACCUUUCUGUUUUUCAAGAAUUCGCAGAAGGUCGACCGCCUGGACGGCGCCCACGCGCCCGAGCUCACCAAGAAGGUGCAGCGGCACGCGAGCAGUGGUGCCCUCCCGGCAGGCGGCGCCCCACACCCCGAGGAGGACCUCAGCCUGCGCCUGAAGAAGCUGACACACGCCGCCCCCUGCAUGCUGUUCAUGAAGGGGACCCCCCAGGAGCCGCGUUGCGGUUUCAGCAAGCAGAUGGUGGAAAUCCUUAACAAGCAUAACAUUCAGUUUAGCAGCUUUGACAUCUUCUCCGACGAGGAAGUUCGUCAGGGCCUCAAAACCUACUCCAACUGGCCCACCUACCCCCAGCUCUACGUUUCAGGGGAGCUCAUCGGAGGGCUCGAUAUCGUUAAGGAGUUAGAAGCGUCUGAAGAACUAGAUACAAUUUGCCCCAAAGCUCCCAAAUUAGAAGAAAGGCUUAAAGUCCUCACAAACAAAGCUGCUGUGAUGCUCUUCAUGAAGGGGAACAAGCAGGAAGCGAAGUGCGGAUUCAGCAGGCAAAUCCUGGAAAUCCUGAAUAGUACCGGUGUCGAGUAUGAGACCUUCGACAUCCUGGAGGACGAGGAAGUCCGGCAGGGUCUGAAAGUCUAUGCCAACUGGCCCACCUACCCGCAGCUGUAUGCCCGAGGGGAGCUCAUCGGAGGGCUGGACAUCGUCAAGGAACUGAAAGAAAAUGGCGAAUUGCUGCCCAUUCUGAGAGGAGAGAAUUAGUGAAUGCCAGACAGGCGCCCGCGAAGGCAGGACGCCGCGGCCGGUCACACUCCGUCCUCAAGGCGCGGGUGGGCGUGCUCGGGGCAGCCAGGCUCCGUGUGUCUCACCGGUUCCUGCCCCGUGGGUGUGUUUCCCACCAGACAUGGGAGGCAAUAAACCACUUCGGAGUCGGCCACGCGUGGUGGUGCAAAGCGUGUCUCUCUGCG